AUGUCUCCUGACUCUAUUUCAUCACUGGUGAACCAGGAUCUAUCUACACCUACUCCGCCAACAUCAUUAUCAUCUACUAGCACAAAUAGUAAUACUAAUGCGAGUUCAGGUCAAAAAAGAAUAAGAGCCACUGGAGAAGCCUUGGAAUUUUUAAUAUCGGAAUUUGAAACAAAUCCAAACCCAAGUCCUGAACGUCGAAAAUUUAUAAGUGAUAAAGCUCAAAUGAAUGAGAAAGCCGUUCGAAUUUGGUUCCAAAAUAGAAGAGCAAAACAAAGAAAAUUUGAAAGACAAAUGUUAAGAAAAGAAACAGAUUCUCCUGGUAAUUAUGCUGGCAUAUAUAAUACGUAUACACCAAAUCCACCUACUGUUACAACUGAUAUGACAAAUUUUAAUGUCAAUGGUAGUGCUGGUGGUGCUACUGCCGAUUUCAAUGACAAGCUCAAGAACAUAUCAAGUAUACCAGUUGAAGUGAAUGAGAAAUAUUGUUUUAUUGAUUGUCGUUCAUUAUCAGUAGGAUCAUGGCAAAGAAUAAAAACUGGGUUUCAUCAAAGCAAUUUGCUUACAAAUAAUUUGAUUAAUUUAGCUCCAGUCACUUUGAACCAAGUGAUGUCUAAUGCUGAUUUAUUAAUCAUACUACUGAAGAAGAAUUUGGAAUUAAACUAUUUUUUCCUGGCUAUAAGUAAUAACUCGAGGAUUUUAUUCCGUAUAUUUUAUCCAUUGAAUGCUGUUGUCAAAUGUUCUUUGUUUGAUAACAAUUAUUAUCAAAAUAAUAACACUAACGGGACUAACAGCUCUGACGACAACAAUAUUAGUGAAAUUAGAUUAAACUUGUGUCAAAAACCCAAAUUUCUGGUGUAUUUUUUCAAUGGAAGUAAUACAAACAAUCAAUGGUCUAUUUGUGAUGAUUUUAGUGAGGGUCAACAAGUGAGUUGUGCUUUUGCUGCCAAUGACAACAGUCUACCGUCAAAUGGAAAAAACCAAUCAUUUUCAAAUACCAUCCCACAUGUUUUAGUGGGCAGCACUUUAUCAUUACAAUAUUUAAGUCAAUUCAUUUUGCAACACCAGCAACGUCAACGUCAACAACAACGUCAGGCUCAGCCACAACCACAACCACAACCGCACAACCAAUUUGACUUUAAUUCACAACCAUUUGAGACUAUUCCAACCAGUGCAAUCAAUAAUAAUUUCAAUACUACUAAAACUGUCAAUUCAUCCAGCAUGCAAGGAUUUGUUCCCGGUGAUUUCCAAGAUUUGCCAGCCAUUUAUGAAUCAAUCUCAAAUAGUAAUCACACUACCACAACUGAUUUAAAGGAUACCAACGCCACCACCACCACCACCAACAAGCAUACACCAUCAUCGACUACAUUCACACCUCAAAAUUUGAAUGGUAGUAACCAAUCACAAACCAAUGUCACUUAUACCAAUAAUUACAAUGAAUCUCCAUUUUCCAUAGCGUCCACCACCAACAAUAACAACACCAAUUCAAACCGCUCAAAUAGUCAAAGCCAUAACCCUAUUUUCAGUGAUCAAUUGUUUUAUGAAUCGUCUGAAUCUGCAUCUACAAACUCUCCACAAUUUGCUAUGAAGAAAAUGAAUAGUGAGACCAAGUUAUACAUCAAUGGAAAUGUAUCAAGCAAUAGUAGUACCAAUGGCCCACCUCUUGAUGACGAUAAUAAUUUGUUUGACGGAGUCACAAGAUUUACUACUACUGAAACUUCACCAGAAGAUGAUAUUAUAGGGAUGUUUACAAGUCAAGCACAUGAACCAUCUGCAUUUGAACUAGCUAAUGGGGUUACCCUGAGUGGAUCCAGUUAUACUCAUAUUAAUAAUGGAAGUUUAACUAAAAGUGACAAGACGUUCACCGGAUUGAGUGAGACUAGCAAUAACAACAACAACACCAAUGGUAUCAAUUUUGUUGACGAUUUUCAUGUGGGGAAUGAAUUUGGAGAUAUAGAUUUUGAACAUCAUUAUUCUCAAGAUCACCACCAACAACAACAAAAAAAUGAUAACAACAAUGGCAACACUAAUUUAGACAGUUUUAUUGAUUUUGAAAAUUAA